AGCGGAGGAGAUUGGAGCGGCGACAGCAGGAGGCGGCAGACGGGUGCAGCGCUCGGCGCUCACGACAGGAGCUCCCCCUCUUCCUCCUGAGCGCCAAGACGGUACCUUCUCCUCCUCCGGGCCGGUAGUUGCCGGUAGCUGCCGCCUCUGCCUCCGCCGCAUCCCCGCUACCGCGGCGCCCGGAGCAGGAGGAGAAGACGCACCUGGGCCGCCGCCGUUGGAGGGAAUCCCAGCUGACGCUCGCUCCCUCCUUCUGCCGUUGCCUCCGAAGUCUGCCCUUCCGCGGGGUCUCCGCUUUCUCCUCCCGGCCGCCGCCAGCUCCUGCUCUCCGCCGCGAUGGGGCUCCUGGACUCGGAGAAGGGCAGUGUCCUGAAUGUGGUGUCCACGGCGGUCAAUGACACGGUGGAGUUCUACCGCUGGACUUGGUCCAUCACAGAUAAACGUGUGGAAAAUUGGCCUCUAAUGCAUUCUCCAUGGCCUACUCUUUGUAUAAGUACUCUUUAUCUCCUAUUCGUGUGGUUGGGCCCAAAGUGGAUGAAGGCCCGAGAACCUUUUCAGAUGCGCUUGGUGCUUAUUGUCUAUAAUUUUGGGAUGGUUUUGCUUAAUUUGUUUAUCUUCAGAGAGUUAUUCCUGGGAUCAUAUAAUGCAGGAUACAGCUAUAUUUGCCAGAGUGUGGAUUAUUCUGAUAAUGUUAAUGAAGUCAGAAUAGCUGCUGCUCUGUGGUGGUACUUUGUAUCUAAAGGAAUUGAGUAUUUGGACACGGUGUUUUUUAUCCUAAGGAAGAAAAACAACCAAGUCUCUUUCCUUCAUGUGUACCAUCACUGUACAAUGUUUACAUUGUGGUGGAUUGGAAUCAAGUGGGUUGCAGGGGGGCAAGCGUUUUUUGGAGCCCAAAUGAAUUCCUUCAUCCACGUGAUUAUGUACUCAUACUACGGGUUAACUGCCUUUGGCCCAUGGAUUCAGAAAUAUCUUUGGUGGAAACGAUACCUGACCAUGUUGCAGCUGGUUCAGUUCUUUGUGACCAUUGGGCACACAGCCCUGUCUCUCUACACUGAUUGCCCCUUCCCAAAGUGGAUGCACUGGGCUCUGAUUGCCUACGCGAUCAGCUUCAUAUUUCUCUUUCUCAACUUCUACAUUCGGACAUACAAUGAGCCCAAGAAGUCAAAAACUGGAAAAACAGCUGUGAAUGGUAUUUCAGCCAAUGGUGUGAACAAAUCAGAAAAACUGGUGAUAGAAAAUGGAAAAAAGCAGAAAAAUGGAAAAGCAAAAGGAGAGUAAAUUGAACUGGGCCUUAACUGUUGUUGACAGUGAAGAAUUUCCCAUUUCAUAUAAAAUUUCAGGGAAAACAGAAGCAAAUGAGGGUUUGGGGGUGGGGAGAAAAAGGCAAAUGUGCUCCUAUGUAUUAGUGACCUUUAGAUUGAGUAAAGUGUUAAAUACUGUACCCUGAUGUUUUAUUUAUGAAGUUUUUAUUUUAAACAUUUUUUAUUAGCUUUGAUAUUGUCUAGACCAAAGC